UUAACGAGCAGAAUUACAACCUGGCAAUUGUAUCCGCACAAGCUGCUUUCACAUUUCCAAUGGAAGUUUUGUUUUCUGGUCACCACUUAUCCAAAGAGAAAAAUACAACCGUAAGAGACUGCCGUCGCUCUAAAAGUCGAUCGCUGGAAUACAGUGCUACAGAUCGGAGCAGCAGGUUCCACGCAAACCACUGACUCCAAGGGAGAGCAUUUUGCUGUCAGAAGACUGAAUUCAUCACGCCCACUUCAGUACGGCGACCCAGAACGGUGUCAGCGGUAGUCGCACAAAUGUCUGGCGGAAGAUGGAAUCAACUGAACAGCUAGACAUGGAAGUGAUGACCCCUCUGAUUGAAGACGCAGGGAACUGCCCCGAUGACUUCUCAGAGGAGGAUCACGAUCUUGAAUUGGUUCCAGUUCAAAGACAUUACGAGCUGGGAAAUCAUGACGGCAUUACGUUUUCGCAAACGCUCAUCCACCUCCUGAAGGGGAACAUUGGGACAGGACUGCUCGGCCUCCCUUUGGCGGUGAAAAACGCCGGGAUUAUUGUUGGGCCCAUAAGCCUGGUGCUGAUGGGCGUGGUGUGUGUGCACUGCAUGCACAUCCUGGUCCACUGCAGCCAUCACCUGUCUGAAAGAUUGAAGCGACCUCCAAUGGGGUACAGCGACACGGUGGCCAUCGCGAUGGAGCAGAGCUCGCUGAAGUGCAUCCGAAGAGGGGCAGAUUUCGGGAGGCAUCUGGUCAGCUUCUUCCUGGUGUUGACACAGCUGGGCUUCUGCAGUGUGUACUUUGUGUUCUUGGCAGAGAAUAUUAAGCAGGUGGUGGAAGGGUACUGGGGGAACAGCACGGACGACCUGCUGUCUUUUGACAACAUCACCAUGGAGACGGACGUGGGAACACCUCCGGAGCCCUGGGGCCUGGACCUACGCCUCUACAUGCUCUUCUUCCUUCCCUUCCUCAUCCUCCUCGUCUUCAUUAAAGGCCUGAAGAACAUGGCCGUGCUGUCCUUCCUGGCCAACAUCGCCAUGGCUGUUAGCCUGGUCAUCAUCUUCAAGUAUAUCCUCACGGAUGUGGGCGACCCGCACAGACUGCCGUACGCCUCCAGCUGGAAGAAGUUCCCCUUCUUCUUCGGCACGGCCAUAUUCGCCUUCGAAGGGAUCGGGGUGGUUCUCCCACUGGAAAACCAGAUGAAGGAACCAAAGCGAUUUCCUCAGGCACUGAAUAUCGGCAUGGGCACUGUGAUCGUCCUGUACGUCGCCCUGGCGACGUUGGGCUACCUGCACUUUGGGAGCGACAUCAAAGGAAGCAUCACCCUCAACCUGCCCCACAACGCAUGGACCAAUCAGAUGGUGAAGAUCCUGUACUCCUUCGGUGUUUUCGUCAGCUUCGCCGUCCAGUUCUUCGUCCCGGCGGAGAUCCUCCUGCCUCCUCUGAAGGCCAGACUGCGGGAGAGCUGGAGGGGGCCCUGUGAGCUGGGCCUGCGCUCCCUCCUGGUCUGCCUUACCUGCUCCAUGGCGGUGCUGAUUCCCCGGCUGGACCUGGUCAUCUCGUUCGUGGGGGCGUUCAGCAGCAGCGCCCUGGCGCUGGUCUUCCCCCCGCUGGUGGAGCUGGUCACCUUCUCGGACAGGAGGCCGCGUCCCGCCAUGCUCCUGAAGGACGCGCUGAUCGCCGUGUUCGGGUUCGUGGGCUUCCUGGCGGGGACCUACGUGACCGUGGAGGAGAUCGUGUACCCGCAGGCCGAGGCCCUGGCGCAGGACGCACACGUCUUCGGAGACCUCUUCAACGCCUCGGCUAGCACGGACCAGAAGCUGCCCACGGCCAAUCCGCUGGCGUCCAUGUGAGGCAGCGGGCGUGGAUGGGAAGGCCCUCCCUGGUCUUGUGUGGGGACUCUUGGGUCUCGCUGGUUUGCACCAUUUUUCAACACACCAAAUUUAUGAACUAAUUUCGAGCGGUUGAUGUUUUUGCUUUUUGGUUCUCUCACACUGAAGCGAAGCUCGAUGAACCGGUACUCUGCACGUACGAUCCGAGCAAAAGGCUCCUUUUGCCUCAGUCUUCAAAACGCAUUCCACCGCUCUGCAAUAGAUUCAGCGCUGGCUUCACUUUCAGCACCAGCGCGUCACACUUUCAAAGCUUCUGGUCAAUUAAAAAUAAUAAUAAUAAUAAUUCCAAUUGUACAAAAUUGCAAAGGAGGCUGAAUGGCGGUCACUCAGUUGAGUUUCUCCUCCCAAAAAAAUCAUAGUUCCCAUAGUGGUUAAAUAGGAAGCCUCUUCCAGGCGGGAGGGGGAGGGUUUGAGAAUGCUCAGCCCAAGCCACCCUCCACUAGUGCGUGCGAUGGUCACCAGAUAGUGCUCAUCCCACAACUUCCUCGCCCCACUCAUAGAUGUCAUAGAUUACCUUGUGUUGUCAAGGUCACAGGUGUAUGUCGACAUUCCAUUGUUAGUUCAUGGUGCAUCACAAAAUGUGCUGCACUUUAUAUUCCAAAUCCAUUUUUUUACCUGCAUUUGGAUAC